CAGGCUACCCUGCUAAUAUAGAUAAGAAGUGGGAGCACUGGCACAAAGAUACUCUAUAAUGUGGUUGGAAGUAACAAGUAAUGGCGAAGUUAUUGUUAGUAGCAACUCUACCCUUAUAAUGAGGCUUAACUCUAGUCUCAAGGAAUUACAGUACAGGUGCCAAACGACUGUUGAUCAUGAUGGAAACACUUUUGCCGUUUACGCUGGCACAACUAUUUUUGUUUGUAUGGAGAAUGAAUAUUUGUUGCUGGAAUACAUACUUGGUAUCAGCAGUGUCAUUGCUUACAUCAUAUAUACAUGUAUCUACAACAGGCGAAAAUGUAAUUCUCCUCUGUUUGUAACUCUAAUCACUACCUUGUCUGACUGCACUAGUGAAGGAACAAUAUUCACUGAUGAAGCCAAUGACUUCAGUCUUGAGAUCCCAGAGGGAGCCAUUCCUGAGGGAGAGAUACUCACGGUUGAUGUGGGAGUGACUCUCUUUGGCCCAUUCCAAUUCCCA